UAUUUUUAUUUUUAUUUUUUCAGUCGCAUUAAAUUUAUUGCAGUACAUGUCUCAUGUUUUCACUAGUAUCAAAAAUGGAUCUCCUUCAAUAGAAAAUCUUGAUAUUUGGGCAGUUUGGUGAGUGGGAUUUUGAGACUUUUUGGGCAAGUUGUUCUUUGGUCCUGGGGAUUGAUUAAUGGAUGUGAAGACGCCAUUGUUGGCCGUUGAAGAACCCCAGCUCGACGGCCAAAAUUCAGUUGAUCUUCUUAAAUACGAUUUCUUGUCAAAACUACCUGAGAAAAUAAGAAGAGGUCUUGAUCCUGAGGCUCCCUUUCGCUUUGAUUUCCCUACAACUACUACCCUGGCAAAAGGUGAGAAAGAAUACUAUGAAAGACAAUUUUCCACCUUGAGGUCCUUUGAGGAAGUCGACUCAAUUGAUUCCCCCAAUGACAUUGAUGAGGAGCUAGACCGUCAAGAGCAAGCGCAACAUGAAAGGGCGAUGAACAUUUCUAAUUGGGCGAACGUCUUUCUUCUCGCGUUUAAGAUAUAUGCUACGGUCCAAAGUGGCUCCUUGGCUAUUGCAGCAUCAACGCUGGAUUCCUUGCUUGAUCUUAUGGCCGGUGGGAUACUAUGGUUUACUCACUUGUCGAUGAAAAGCAUAAACAUCUACAAGUAUCCUAUUGGCAAAUUAAGGGUGCAACCAGUAGGCAUUAUCAUCUUUGCUGCUGUCAUGGCGACUCUUGGCUUUCAGGUGCUUGUACAGGCUGUUGAACAACUGAUCAAAGCUGAACCAGUAGGAAAGAUGACUUCAAACCAAUUAUUAUGGUUGUAUGUCAUCAUGCUGACAGCGACUGUGGUAAAACUCGUUCUUUGGAUUUACUGCAGAAGCUCUGGAAACAAGAUUGUUCGAGCCUAUGCAAAGGACCAUUAUUUUGAUGUCGUGACAAAUGUGGUUGGUUUAAUUGCUGCUGUUUUAGGCAAUAAAUUCUACUGGUGGAUCGAUCCUUCUGGAGCUAUAAUUCUUGCUUUCUAUACUAUUUCAAAUUGGUCAGGAACAGUGUUGGAGAAUGCAGUUUCGUUGGUGGGACAAUCAGCUCCUCCUGAAGUACUGCAGAAACUCACAUAUCUUGUCCUAAGGCACAGUCCUCAAAUCAAGCGGGUUGAUACAGUUCGUGCUUACACAUUCGGCGUUCUCUACUUCGUCGAGGUGGACAUAGAGCUUCCAGAGGAUUUGCAAUUGAAGGAAGCCCAUGCAAUUGGAGAAUCACUGCAGAUAAAGAUUGAAAAACUUUCUGAAGUUGAAAGGGCCUUUGUUCAUCUCGAUUAUGAGUGUGAUCACAAGCCAGAGCACACUAUUCUCAGUAAACUCCCUAAUACCGAGCCUUAAAUUCGAAUGCUCCUAUCAUAAAAAGCACAGUUUGCAGCUAUUAUCAUCAAUGUUGCAAUGAGAUGUACGUAUAGAGGCAAAUCAGUGGUUAGAUAAAGUAACCUCGGGAUAAAAAUAAAUAAAUAAAUAAUAAAAAAUUGGAGACUCCAUGGAUGGAAUUCAUUUCUUGAAAAUGCUCGAUCUUUUCUUACUUAAAAAUAUAGCUCUCAACAUUUCCUUGAACACUCUUAUGAAACACAUUGGUGUUGAGAAUGCAAAAAUUU